UGAACUUGAACCAGUUUCACUUUCCGUUCUUACUCGCCAGUCGAUGAAAAAUAUACCUACUGUCACAACAGCAGGGGAAAGGCAGAAACCCCUCCUAAGGCUUGCUUUUCACCGGCUUUGGCCAGCUUUUGGAUUCGGAAACUGUCGACGUAUACCCACGCUGAACAGCGGACUUGUUUUGGUUUUUGUGUGUGUUUGUUUUGGAUGCGGACUUCAGCACGUCAGCACAAACGGAGGAGGGUGAACCAUGGCCUCUGAAAUCCCAUCGAAAGUCAACAUAAGUCAGGCAGAGGAGCUGGCCCUGUCCCUGAGCGAGGCCCUGAGCAGCGGGGAGGCCGAGGAGGCCGUCCGGCUGUGCAAACAGCUGUCCGAGCUCUCCGUCCCAGUGUCGGUCAGCGUCUGCAGCCGAGUCUACCCCCAGGACACCAUUAGGUUGAAGGUUGGAGUGGAGGAUGCUCAGUCAGAUAACUACAUUCCUGUGACUGUGGUGGUUUCUUCUGGCAUGACAGUCGCAGAACUCAAAGACAAGAUCAGCCACGACUUUGGGUUUCACCCGUCGCUGCAGCGAUGGGUGAUUGGCAAGCGCCUCGCUCAAGACCAGGAGACUUUAUACCGCCACGGCAUCCGUAAGAGCGGGGACCAGGCGUUCCUGUUCAUCCGUUCUGCCCACUCAGUUCAUCUCACACGGCAUCAGCACAAGUUGGACCAGGAGCAACAACUUCUACAGGGUAUAAUGGAGUCGAUGCCGCCUGUUCAGCUUUAUCCCAGAGGGUCUAGUGGUGGUGAGAAAGCUGCUCCUCCUCCAGAAACUGAAGACACUCCACCUCCUCUUCCACCUAGAGUCCCGAAUAUUUCUAAGCCCACUGUUCUUCCUAAACCUCAGCUGGGCUGGGCCUGCAACAUGUGUACCUUUGUGAACAAACCCACGCGCCCCGGCUGUGAGAUGUGUGGAGGGGAGAGGCCAGAGGAUUACACGGUGCCGGACAUCUACAAGCCGGAUCAGGACGAGGUUCAGCGGAUGCAACAGGAGCACCUGGCCAUGCUGCAGUAUGAACAGGCUCAACAGUUGGAACGAGAGAUGAACUAUUUGCACUUGUUGGAAACAGAUGAUCAGAACCUCAUCCCAAACGCCACAGAGACAGAUUGCCCCAUUUGCUUCUCAUCUCUGCUUCCAGGAGAGGGCAUUGUGCUCAGAGAAUGUCUCCACACCUUCUGCAGGGAGUGUCUAAAAGGCACAAUUGUGAACAGUCAAGAUGCUGAGGUCUCUUGCCCUGACAACUGUGACAGCAAGCUACUGGACCGAGAAAUCAAAGAGCUGCUCACGGAAGAGGAGCACCAGCGUUUUCUGGAGCUGCGGCUGAGCAUCGCUGAGAGCUGUUCAGAACACAGCUUCCAUUGUCAGACUCCCAACUGCCGAGGGUGGUGCAUCUACGAGGACGAAGUCAAUGAGUUCUACUGUGACCUCUGCAAGGAAACCAACUGCAUCCUCUGUCGGGCCAUCCAUAAGGGCAUGAAUUGUAAGGACUAUCAAGAUGACCUGCGCAUUAGAGCAGAGAAUGACCAAGCAGCUCAGCAAACUAAGCAGAUGCUGGAGAGCAUGCUUCAGAACGGAGAGGCCAUGAAAUGUCCACGGUGUGACAUCAUCGUCCAGAAAAAAGAUGGCUGUGACUGGAUCUGCUGUUUGAUGUGCAAGACAGAAAUCUGUUGGGUCACCAAACAAGCUCGAUGGGGACCAAAUGGCAAUGGCGACACGUCUGGCGGCUGUAGAUGUCGAGUCAACAACAUACCGUGUCAUCCCAACUGCCAAAACUGCCACUAAGCCAAGCACACUAAUACGUAUGGAGUAUCCAUUAACUUGGAGGGGUUCAGCCCACAUUGGAUGCUUCAUACCUCGAUAUCUGAUGCAUUACGUCUUAUUUUGAUCCCAGUCGUGGUAUAGUGGCAGGACUGUGUAGAAGUACUUUUUUUUUCUUGACAGAUCGACCAGAACAAGCCUUACAAUUCGUCUUCCACAUUGUCUCCAGGUGUUAACUGCCUUGAAAGGAAAAAAUACUUCUAUAGGGACUUUUACAGUUGUAUAUUGAUCUAUGUUUGUGAGAAUAAUGCAUUGCAACAGUCUGACCUUUCUCUUCCAUUUUUAGUAUAAUUCAGUGAGGCAGCAGUGAUGUGUUGACUCAUAUUUUGCUCAGGGCAAGUGGCUCAAAUGAAUGUUUUUAAAGAUUCUAGAUAAAAAAUGCAAGAGGAGGCUCAUAUGCCUGUACAGUAAAUCAGAUCAGUCUCUCAUUCAGUGAACAAUUUCCUAUUUAAAGGGACUUGUUAAAACCAAUUAACUUAAGUCAUAAGUCAUUUUCAUUUACCGGUGAUAUCUCACUUUACAGCCCAUCAUAUUGUUUAUUCAAUAAAUGAUCAGAAAAGAUGAAUGUAACCAUUACCAACUUUGAGAUGAAGGUAUUUGAAGUUGUAACAAGUUUGUUUUUACUUGAAUAGUGAGCUAUUUGGCUAUUGAAACUGUAAGUAGCUUAAUGAUGACAGACUGCAGUGAAGGAUGUCAGUAAGUGUUUACAGUGGAAAAACUAACCAGUUCUGUUCUGUUAAAUUUCUUUAAAGGAUCGCAACUCAGUAGACAAACUACUGAUCAGCUUUAGUUGUCUGGCUUUGUAUUACAACAAGAACAAGUUGUUCUGGAUCAAAACUUAAUCUUGUGUUUGUACACAGAAAGCUGCUAUAGAAUAUGGAAUCAAAGCUUUGUAAAUGUUUUUUAAUCUUUAAUCAUUUUUGUUAUAAUUUAGGGCUCAGGGUCAAGCUUAGUGUACAUCGCAUCUUAAAUGUUUUAAGUUGGCAUAUGUAGUAACUGUGGAUGUUUCCUAAACAUAUGCAACUAAUGCAUGUGAUGCACUUUAAUUCUGACAAUCUGGGGUUUUUGACAGAUUAUUCUGGGAUUGUACCACAACAGAAUGUACUAAAAAGAUCAAUAAAAUGUCCUGAUAAAGUGUGGAGCUGACAGUGGACGCCUGAAUCAAACUCUUUAGAAGAAGGUGAAUACUCAGUCCGGACAGGGAAAGUAAACAA